AUGAGUGUUGAGGAAGUCCAAAAGGCUAAGCAAGCUGUUGAAUUCAGCAGAGAACAUCUAGAAGGGAUCUUAAGAGGUAGAUUCUUCUAUUCUCCAGCUUUCGAUCUUUAUGGGGGUGUUUCUGGUUUAUAUGACUACGGUCCUCCAGGUUGUGCAUUCCAAGCCAAUGUUGUAGAUGUUUGGAGAAAACACUUCGUUCUCGAAGAGAGUAUGUUGGAGGUCGAUUGUACUAUGUUAACCCCAUAUGAAGUCUUAAAGACUUCUGGUCACGUUGAUAAGUUUUCUGAUUGGAUGUGUAGAGAUUUAAAGACUGGUGAAAUCUUUAGAGCUGACCAUUUGGUCGAAGAAGUACUUGAGGCUCGUUUAAAGGGUGAUAAAGAAGCAAGAGGUAUUAAUAGUAAUGAAUCAAAUGAUGAAGAAACAGAUAAAAAAAAGAAGAACAGAAAGAAGAAAGUUAAGGAAAUCAAGGCUGUUAAGUUAGAUGAUGAAGUUGUAAAGGAAUAUGAAACUAUCUUAGCCAAGAUUGAUGGUUACUCUGGUGCUGAAUUAGGUGAAUUGAUGGAAAAACAUAAUAUUGGUAACCCAGUUACUGGCGAUAAAUUAGAACCUCCAAUGGCUUUCAACUUAAUGUUUGAAACUGCUAUUGGUCCAUCCGGUCAGUUAAAGGGUUACUUGAGACCUGAGACUGCUCAAGGUCAAUUUUUAAAUUUCAACAAAUUAUUAGAAUUCAAUAACGGCAAAACACCAUUUGCAUCAGCAUCUAUCGGUAAAUCUUUCAGAAAUGAAAUUUCUCCAAGAGCUGGUUUAUUAAGAGUUCGUGAAUUCUUAAUGGCAGAAAUCGAACAUUUUGUUGAUCCAUUAGAUAAGUCUCAUCCUAAGUUCGAUGAAGUUAAAGAUAUCAAACUAUCUUUCUUGCCACGUAGUAUCCAAGAAUCUGGUUCUACUGAACCAAUUGUAGAAACAAUUGAAAAGGCCGUUGCUACCAAAAUGGUUGACAAUGAAACUUUAGGUUAUUUUAUUGGUAGAAUCUACCUGUUCUUAAUAAAGAUUGGUGUUGAUCCAACUAAGUUAAGAUUCCGUCAACAUAUGGCUAAUGAAAUGGCCCACUAUGCUGCUGAUUGUUGGGAUGCUGAAUUAAAGACUUCUUAUGGUUGGAUUGAAUGUGUUGGUUGUGCUGAUAGAUCUGCUUUUGAUUUAACUGUUCAUUCUGAAAAGACCAAAGAAAAAUUAGUGGUUAGACAAAAAUUAGAAAAGCCAAUCGAAGUCACUAAAUUUGAAAUUGAUCUAACUAAAAAGUUGUUUGGUCCUAAAUUCAGAAAGGAUGCACCAAAAGUUGAAUCCUUCUUACUAAACCUUUCCCAAGAUGAAUUAAAGGUCAAAGCUAAAGAAUUAGCUGAAAAUGGCAAAGUUACUUUUAACAUUCAAGAUAUUGAAGGUGAAGUUGAAUUGGAUGACAAAUUUAUUAAGAUUGAAGAAAGAACUAGAGUUGAACAUGUUAGAGAAUUUGUGCCAAAUGUUAUUGAACCAUCUUUUGGUAUUGGUCGUAUUAUUUAUGCUGUUUUUGAACAUUCAUUUUGGAGAAGACCAGAAGACACUGCUAGAGGUGUUUUAUCUUUCCCGCCAUUAGUUGCUCCAACUAAAGUUUUGUUAGUGCCAUUAUCCAAUAACAAAGAAUUACAACCAAUUGUUAAACAAGUAUCCGAUAUUUUAAGAAAAUCUGAAAUCCCAUUCAAAGUGGAUGAUUCUGGUGUUUCGAUUGGUAAGAGAUAUUCCCGUAACGAUGAAUUGGGUACCCCCUUCGGUAUUACUAUUGAUUUUGAUUCUAUUAAGGAUAGUUCUGUUACUUUAAGAGAAAGAGAUUCCACUAAACAAGUUAGAGGAUCUAUUAAUGAUAUUAUUAAAGCUAUUCGUGAAAUUACUUAUCAAGGCGUCUCUUGGGAUGAAGCUACUAAAGAUUUGGCUCCAUUUGUGUCGCAAGAUUCUAAUUAA